UCGCGCUGGAGGGCGGAGCGGCCGCAGAGCCGAGCGGUAUGUGGGCGCUCGCACGCCGCGCCGCCGUGGGUCUGCUGCCACGGACGGCGUCCGGGGCCUCGGCCUCGGUCGGGAUCCCGCGCGGGAGGGAGCCGAUCGGAGCGUGCGGCCACCGAGGCCUGCAGGUCACAACCAACGCGGCCUCCGCCGGCCGCCACUCGAGUCUGAGCCUCCACUACCUCGAUCAGAUUCUGAACAUCAAGAAGCAGAGUGUCUGUGUGGUACAUCUGAGGAACUCGGGAACUUCGGACAACUCAAGCUCUCUAGACGAGACAGCUUAUGAAAGACUUGCAGAGGAGACACUGGACGCCCUGGCAGAGUUCUUUGAAGACUUGGCAGACAAGCCCUAUACCCUGGAGGACUACGAUGUCUCCUUUGGGGGCGGCGUGCUAACCGUUAAGCUGGGCGGGGAUCUAGGGACCUACGUGAUCAAUAAGCAGACUCCAAACAAGCAGAUCUGGUUAUCGUCUCCCUCCAGUGGCCCCAAGCGCUAUGACUGGACGGGGAAGAACUGGGUGUACUCCCACGACGGCAUGUCCCUGCAUGAGCUGCUGGCCAGGGAACUGACAGAAGCCUUCAACACCAAACUGGACUUGUCUUCCUUGGCCUAUUCGGGAAAAGGCACCUGAGCACCUGCCAGAUUCAAAGACAUUAAACGGACCCCCAGCCUUCUUCUGUGGCUGAGUGUCUGGUUUCCAUGCCUGCUUCCGAGGACAGUCACACUGUGUUUGACAGCUCUGUGAAAAACAGUGUGUUACCACUCCCACCCUGUCCCCAGAUCUGGCUCUUCAUUUCUACAGAGGUUUGUUAGGAUGGACUCGUUUCUCCCCGUGUGACCCCAAAUCUCUUAGAAUGUCUUACACCAUACGUGCACCUGACAGCCUCAGGAAAAGGGCUCGGAGGGUGGAACAAGUUGUUCCCACUCUCCAGUUCUUUGAAGGAUUUAUUGUAAAAGCUUCACGAAGAGCCAUAGGCCGACCUGCCAUUGUGUCUGAAAUGACAUUGUAAGGAAUAGCUUCUAAAUGUCACUCCAAGUGUGUACACUUCAGAGCCUUUUAGCAGCUCCAUGUCAAAAGGGACCAUCUUAAAACACCCGUUUGUGCUUUGUGGCCUGGACUGGGCACCAAGACCUGUGCUCUGUGGCCUAUACUGGGCACCAGGACCUGUACUCUGUGGCCUAUACUGGGCACCAGGACCUGUACUCUGUGACCUAUACUGGGCACCAGGACCUGUGCUCUGUGACCUAUACUGGGCACCAGGACCUGUACUCUGUGGCCUAUACUGGGCACCAGGACCUGUACUCUGUGGCCUAUACUGGGCACCAGGACCUGUACUCUGUGGCCUAUACUGGGCCAGGACCUGUACUCUGGCCUAUACUGGGCACCCAGGACCUGUGCUCUGUGACCUAUACUGGGCACCAGGACCUGUGCUCUGUGACCUAUACUGGGCACCAGGGCCUGUGCUCUGUGGCCUAUACUGGGCACCCAGGACCUGGGUAGUAUUGUCUUUAUGCUUUCAUAGACGAGGGUCAUUACAAAGUCAGCAGCUACAACUCGGACCUGAAAUGUCCUUAAAAAUUGAAAACUGGGCUGGAGGGAUCACUUAGUCCACAAGCACUUACCACACUAACCUGAAGACCCAGGUUUGAUCCUGGGAGCCCACAUUAAAAACACCAGGCAUGGUGUGUGAGUUUAUACUCCGGGCACUGGAGAAGUAGAGCUGGGAGGACCCCUGGGGCUUGCCGGCCAGCCUGCCUAGCUUCAUCAGUGAACCCAGGGGCUCUGGGAGCAAGGUGCAUGGCUCAGGUUGACCUCUGCCCUCUACACAUGUGCACAUGUACCACACAAUCAUACGCAUACACACAAAUUCACACAUGCUAAAUAAUGCAUGGAUAACUCCAGGCAAGGAGGGAAAAGACUACCAUAACCCAAAGGAUUAAACAAUGUCGAGGAGCUGA